AUUUUGAGAAAGGGAAUUUGGAGGACUUUAACUCUGUUUAUUUGUAAUUUCUCGGUAAUGAAAGGCUACUGAUUUAAAUUUUACUUGUAUGGACAACAGGGCAAGAAAAAGAAUUAGAGAAGCGCAAUCCAAAGCCAGACCAGAGCUUGACAGAAUACCAGAUGGAUGGUGUCAGUUUCAGUAUGCCAAUACAUUUGAUUUGAGUCAUGCCACAGUACAUGACAAUGUGGAGAGAGUUGAUGCAAGGUUCACAUCAAAGGAGGAGUUUGUGGAAAAGUAUGAACGACCUUAUAAACCAGUGGUUGUAACAAAUGCUCAGAUAGAAUGGGGAGCGGUCAAAAAAUGGACAGAGAGGAGGCUGUCAAAGAAGUAUCGUAACCAACGGUUUAAAUGUGGGGAGGACGAUGAAGGGUAUUCUGUGAAGCUAAAGAUGAAGUACUUUGUGGAAUACAUGGAUGAAAACACAGAUGACAGCCCACUUUAUAUAUUUGACAGUAGUUAUGGAGAGCAUCACAAGCGUAAGAAACUCCUAGAGGAUUAUGCAGUACCAGACUAUUUCCAAGAUGAUCUCUUCCAAUACGCAGGGGAAAGACGACGUCCUCCUUAUCGCUGGUUUGUGAUGGGACCUGCCCGAUCCGGGACAGGAAUUCACAUUGACCCUUUGGGAACAAGUGCCUGGAAUGCCCUGGUGUCUGGACAUAAAAGGUGGUGCUUACUGCCUACCAACACCCCAAAGGAACUGGUGAAGCCCCGCCCAGGGGAAGGAGGGAAACAGAGAGAUGAGGCUAUAACGUGGUUUAAGUAUGUUUACCCCAGAAUUAAGGACCCUUCCUGGCCCAAGGAGUAUGCCCCACUGGAGAUUCUUCAGCGGCCAGGGGAGACCGUGUUUGUUCCUGGAGGGUGGUGGCAUGUUGUGCUGAAUCUAGACAGUACAAUAGCUGUCACCCAGAACUUUUCUAGUGUUGUGAACUUUCCAAUAGUGUGGCAUAAAACCGUUCGAGGGAGACCGAAGCUGUCCAAAAAGUGGUACAAAGUUCUCAAGAAAGAGCGUCCAGAAGUUGCUGCCAUUGCUGAUAAAGUAGAUCUGAACAAACCGACUGGAUUUAACUCGGACAGUUCAAGUUCUGGUUCAUCAAGUUCCAGCUCCAGUGAGUGCAGCACCUGUGAGAGUUCAGACUCGGAGGAAGAAAAGCAGAAAUCAAAAACUAAAAGACGGAGAACUAGCAAACAGAGAUCAAUGACUCCCAAUGGCAGCCAUCGCAGACGGUCUUCGUCUUCCUCCGGUGAAGAGGGCCAGAAAACAAGUAAAAAGACAUUGUUGACCCCUAACGGCAGCCAACGUAGACGAUCAUCGUCUUCCUCGAGUGAUGAGGGACAUAGUCAUCGCAGCAUUUCCAGUACUCCAAAAAACUGUAGAUGAUGAUAGCUGACUUAGGCACUCAUAGCAGCAGAAAUUUUUUACUGAAACCAUGAUACACCAAACCAAACCUUUAACUGAGUAAUAUCGAAGUGAUUUACAUUAGUAGUGUAUUAAUGUUUCUGUAUUGAGAUGCAUUCUGUAUUAAGAUUACUGAGAAAUUUUGAUAAGAGUUGGCUAGAAAACGCUUCCCCUUUAUGAUUAGAGAACUGCUUUAUGACUGAAAGACAAGAAUAUUUCUUCCUUACAUGGAUUAAUUGUAGGUGACGUGGAAAAUUUUCCGUGUCUGCUGUAAUUUGUAAAACCCAAGCCAGAGUUAGUGUUCAUUCUUCUUUUCAAUCAGAAUUUAGCUGUACAUAUACUUCGUGUUUAAUCAUCAAAUUUCCAUUCACUGUACAUUCAUGAUAAUUGAAAGUUUAUACACAUCAUUUUGAUCAUGUUAUUUCUUUGGAAUUCUAUUCAGAGAAGCUCUUGUUUAGGUCUUUGGUGUAUAUUUGUUUUGCAUAUUUUCUUUUAUAAGUGAUAAUUGUAGAUUUGUAAUCAAAAUACAAAAUGUCAUUGUUUUCUCAAUUUGAAAAAUCGAAAUGGGCGGUCGCUUAUUCCCCAGGUUGUUAUUUUUUUUUUUUUAAACAGGAGUACAUGUACUACAAAAAAAGUUAAUGAUCAGGCUAUCCAGAGGUAUUAAGUCCUCUUUGUAUUGCUUAGCUUGAUUCAAGGAGGGGAAUCUCUCGAGAUAAUUUUCAAGAGUUAUCUUUCUUUUUCCAUUGUCCGCGAAGAGGGGGUGAGCAUGUGAAGAGGGGGUGAGCAUGUGAACUAUGUAGUGUAUUUCACUGGUCAUAUAUUAACUGAAUUCAAGAAAGAGCAUAUUUGUAUAACAUGAUAUCAGUAUUGAUUAUUGACCUGAGAUAUAAAUUGAUGAAAUGACUAAAAAUGAAGUCGGGCUUUAUUUGGAAGAAAUGGAUCGUGUACAAAUUUAUUUUCCCUUGAAUUAAAAAGAUUUUUACCGUU